AUGUCAGUUUUUGUUUCAGGUGCUAACGGGUUCAUUGCCCAACACAUUGUCGAUCUCCUAUUGAAAGAUGACUAUAAGGUCAUCGGUUCUGCUAGAAGUCAAGAAAAGGCCGAGAACUUAAUGAAAGCCUUUGGUAAUAACCCAAACCUUUCCAUGGAAAUCGUUCCAGAAAUAUCUAAGCUGGAUGCAUUUGACCAUGUUUUUCAAAAGCACGGCAAGGAUAUCAAGAUAGUCCUACAUACAGCCUCUCCAUUUUGCUUUGAUAUCAGUGACAGCGAACGCGAUUUAUUAAUUCCUGCUGUGAACGGUGUUAAGGGAAUUCUGAACUCCAUUAAGAAAUAUGCUGCUGACACUGUAGAACGUGUAGUUCUCACUUCUUCUUAUGCAGCUGUUUUCGAUAUGGCAAAAGAAAACGAUAAGUCUUUAACAUUUAACGAAGAAUCCUGGAAUCCGGCAACCUGGGAGAGUUGCCAAAGUGACCCAAUUAACGCCUACUGCGGUUCUAAGAAGUUUGCUGAAAAAGCAGGUUGGAAAUUUUUAGAGGAGAAUAAAGACGUUGUAAAAUUCGAAUUAACUGCCGUUAAUCCAGUUUAUGUUUUCGGUCCGCAAAUGUUUGACAGAGAUGUGAAGAAGCACUUGAACACAUCUUGUGAACUUGUCAACAGCUUGAUGCAUUUAUCACCUGAGGACAAGAUACCCGAACUGUUUGGUGGAUAUAUUGAUGUUCGUGAUGUUGCAAAGGCUCAUUUAGUGGCCUUCCAAAAGAGUGAGACAAUUGGUCAAAGAUUAAUUGUCUCAGAAGGUAGAUUUACUAUGCAGGAUGUCUUGGAUAUCCUCAAUGAAGAUUUCCCUGUCUUAAAAGGUAAGAUUCCGGUGGGUAAAGAAGGUUCCGGUGCUACUCAUAAUACUCUUGGUGCUACUCUUGACAAUAAGAAGAGUAAGGAAUUAUUAGGUUUCAAAUUCAGGAACUUGAAAGAGACCAUUGACGACACUGCCUCCCAGAUUUUAAAAUUUGAGGGCAGAAUAUAA